UGGUGGUUAGUUGUCUGUCGGUUGACCUGGUCAGUCAGGGCGGGAGAGGCGGCGGUUCCGUCCCGUCCGUUGUCGCUGCGUCUGGUCGGAGGAAGCUGCGGCAGCUGCAGGAGAGAUGCCCUGGCUCGUUCUCCUGCUGGCUGCCGGCGGGAUCGCCCUCAUCUCGGCCUUCCUCAUGUUGCUCUACAUCGCGUCGCUGGUGACGAGCCCUAAGCCUCUGUCGUUAUCUGGCGCGCACGUCGUGGUAACUGGUGGCUCCAGUGGCAUUGGAAAAAGUAUUGCCGUGGAAUGCUUUAAGCAAGGUGCUUUCAUAACACUACUUGCAAGAAACGAGGCUAGGCUGCUGGAGGCAAAGAAAGAAAUUGAAAAAUGCGCAGUUAACGAUAAGCAGGUUGUACACUGCAUCUCUGUAGAUGUUUCCAAAGACUGUGCAAAUGUGGAACGGGUCCUGAAGCAAGCUCAAGAGAAGUUGGGUCCAGUCGAUAUGCUUGUAAAUUGUGCUGGAACAUCAGUUACUGGAAAAUUUGAAGAUCUCGAUAUCAAGAAUUUUGAGGGACUGAUGUCUGUUAACUACCUGGGAAGUGUUUACCCAGCUCGUGCGGUGAUUAACACCAUGAAGGAGCGAAGAAUGGGAAGGAUUGUGUUUGUGUCAUCCCAGGCUGGGCAAGUCGGGCUGUUUGGUUACACGGCAUAUUCUGCAACAAAGUUUGCGCUUCGAGGAUUAGCGGAAGCUUUGCAAAUGGAGGUAAAGCCCUAUAAUGUCUAUAUAACAGUUGCCUAUCCUCCAGAUACAGACACACCUGGCUUCACAGAAGAAAGUAAGACGAAGCUUUUAGAGACCAGACUUAUUUCAGAAGCAUCACCUGUCUGCAAGCCUGAUUAUGUUGCUAGAAUCAUUGUUAAAGAUGCCAUACAAGGAAAAUUUGGCAGUACUGUUGGUGCUGAUGGCCACAUGUUGAACGUCAUAACUAGCGGAAUGUCGCCAAUGAAUUCUCUUGGUGAAGCCCUAGAAGCGGUCAUUUGUACAGGUAUUUUCCGCAUCAUUGGCCAGUACUAUACAGCCAGCUUUGACAGCAUAGUUCGCCGCUGCAUGAUACAAAAGGAGAAAUCUGAAAAAAUGGACUGAAUGUGAGCGUUGCUUUAAAAAGUUGAUUUGCUGCUAAACUGGGACUCCCUUUCUGGCCUGAAAAAGGCUCAUCUGAAUAGACAGUGUACAUGACAGGAGGAGUGGGUCCCCUGUGGUGAAAGAAGGAAAUAACUGUAUAGCACUAGAAAAUGAGGUUAUGCAAAAGUGCGAAUGAAGAAGACUGCGUUCCUACCCCCACCCCCUGUGCUUUGAACUAAUAAGCAGAUUGUUGCCUUAGAAAUGAGCCUUUUGAAGGAGCAGAACUCAAGUGGCCUCCUUUAAAUCGACUCUGGACCAUCG